AUGGAUGUGAUGAGUCAGGCCGUGACCCCGGCAGUGGUGCCGCCCUGUGUUCCGUUUGGAGAGAGGAGGAUGAUUAAAAGAGAGAAAAACAGGAUUAAGUGUCUGAGGAGGAGGCAGAGGAGGAGGGAGAGGUGGAGACAGAGUCAACUGGAGAGCAGACAGAGUUCCACAGGAAACCCGUCCAGCAGCAGCAGUGAGGACGAGGAGGACGUGAGUGCCGGGGACAGAGAGGGUUACAUCUGCGCUGUGUGUUUGGACGUGUACUUCAGCCCGUACAUGUGCCACCCCUGCAGCCACGUCUUCUGUGAACCCUGUCUGAGGACUCUGGCUAAGAGCAGUCCCACCAACACCCCCUGCCCCCUCUGCAGGACCAUCAUCACGCAUGUCUUCUUCCAGAAGGAGCUGAACCAAACGGCGAGAACGUUCUUCCCAAAGGAAUACCUCUCCAGGAAACAGAAUUUUCAGAAAGCGAGUUGUGCCAAGUGGCCUUUACCGAGCUGCAGGAAACUCUUCCGUAUCUUCGGAGGUUUCCAGCGACAGCCCAGUCCCAACGCCAGGCGGCAGUUCUCCCGUGGAGGAGGCUUUCGUCUGGAUGCUCUGGACUUUGAGGACGACUCUGGAGGCUGGCGCUUUGACAUGGACAUGGUCAUCAUCUACAUCUAUUCAGUCAACUGGGUCAUCGGCUUCUUCAUAUUCUGCUUCCUCUGCUACCUCUUCUUCCCUUCUUUUUGA